AUGGAUCAGCAAUUGGAGCAAGGAAGACAAUGGAGUGAAUCCUUCCACAAUUUGAAUCAGAAACAUGAUCAACAACAAGAAGCCAUCCAAAGGCUAAUCAACAUCCAAGCACAUCAAGGAGUCCACAUUCAUGAAAUGCAUAGGAAACAAAGAGAACAAGCAGAUCUUCUCGAUGAACUUAGAACAUUCUCGGAAGGAGUCUACAUGAGUGAGACUGGAUACCAUGUGAAUACUCAAGCCAGGCUCGGAUAUCUAGUCGGACAAUUGCCUAAUUUGCAUCCAGGAAUCACAAAAUAUGAGGAUGUAAAGGAUGAACUAUCACGAGUGGAGCGCGAAAGGGUUGAACAAAGUCAUGAAUCGGUAAGGAAGGCACUAGAGGAUUGGAAAUUAGCUAGAGCAAAUCGGAUGAGAGGAAGCACAAGUGGACAAAGCAAAUCUAAAAAUGGCAAGGGAGCAGAAGAGAAUGAGCAGACCAACAAGGACAAAGUUGUGGGUUCCAAGAUUGCUAAAGCUUUUUUACUUGUUGAAACUUUAUCGGGAGAUAACAUUGUAGUAGUUUUUGGGAACUACACUGCAUUGUCUCAUAAACUCCGAACGCUAUGGAGGAUUAAGGGAGGUUUUGAUUUAUUGGACGUGGGAUUUGACUACUUUCUUGUGAAGUUUGAUGUGGCUGAGGAGCGAGAAAAGGUUCUCUUAGGAGGUCCAUGGAUGAUUGAGGAAAAUUAUGUGGCUGUGAAGCCUUGGGAUCAAGAGUUUAGAUCAAGUGAAAACUGUUUUGGAGCAACUUUAGUGUGGAUUAGAAUUUCUGGAUUACCAAUUUGGUGCUACCAAGAAGAUGCAAUGCUCCGUGUUGCGGCUGCAGUUGGCAUUCCCGUUAAGGUUGAUUUGGCAACAAAAUUAGCUGAAAGAGGACGAUAUGCUCGAGCUUGUGUUCAGAUAGAUUUAGGAUUGCCAGUGACUAAGAAGAUUCUUGUUGAAGGUGUUGAAUAUGAGGCUGAAUAUGAAAGUCUUCACCUUAUUUGUGGCUCAUGUCUCAAGUUUGGUCAUGAUAUGAAGGUGUGCAAGACUGACAGCAAUGCAGGAGGAGGAACUAAUGCCAAGGUGAUCAGCGAUGUAGCAAAACAGCCAGAAAGCUCAAAGUCAAAAAAUCCAGUGCAUGUGGAAAAGGCAAGUUUUCAUUUUGGCAAGAAUCUUGGAGAUGAGACUGUAAAUGUUACUGUCCCGGAUUUGGUGGAGAGUGAUUUGCAUGCUGUUCAUGUAGACCAUGCACAACAUGAGGAUUUGGAAGGUUGGACUCAAGUGAUUAGGAAAGGAAAGGACAUCAAUAUUGGAAAAUCGGUUAGUGUGGCUUCUUCGGGGACCCGGCACAAUGUUCAUCAUCAGCAGCAAUGUGAGACAACAAAUGGCACUGUGCGAAAGCGUCCUCGCCCAAACUCUUUGCAGAAUUCACCAGUAGAUAAGGAUGGAGCAUCGACGGCAGCCUGGAAUGUGAGGGGUGCGUCUAACAAGAUGGCUCGUGUGCAUUGCAAAAAUUUGUUGGGUUUUCAUUGUGUUGGUAUUGAGGAAGCAGUAGGACACAGGGGUGGCAUUUGGUUUCUAUCUUCUAUUGCUAAUGCUUCUUGUGUGGUUAUUGAUCAAAUUGACCAAUGUAUCACAGUGAAAGUGAGUGUGGACCAUAAUAGACCAUGGAUGGCCAUUGGUGAUUUUAAUGAGAUUGUGGCACCAGAUGAGAGUACAGGUGCUUAUUUUUCUUCUCACAGAGCUAGUCUAUUAGCUACUACUCUAGAUGACUGUGAGCUCUUUGAUCUUAAAGUGACUGGUAGGAGAUAUACUUGGUAUAGAGCAGUUCAGGCUAGCAGGAACUUGGCUAAAAGGUUGGAUAGAGCUCUAGUUAAUGAGGCGUGGAUGUCAAUGUUUCCUGAGGGUUAUUCUGAAAUUCUUAGCAGGCUUCAUUCUGAUCAUUGUCCUAUUUUAGUUCGUUGUCAUGGUAGCCCCAGAGUGAAAGGUUCUCGUCCUUUUAGGUUCCAAGCUGCGUGGGCAACACAUCCUUCUUAUAAACAUGUUAUUAGUAAGGCUUGGAAUCAAGAGUUUGGAGGCGUUACUGAAAGGCUUAAGAUGGUUCAACAGGCUUCUUUGGACUUCAACUCAAAGAUUUUUGGAAAUAUUUUUGUGCGAAAAAAUAAGCUGGAAUAUCAGAUUGAUCAGAUUCAACGGCGUUUGGAGGUUACCGAUGUGUUAUCUCUGAGAAUUAAAGAAGCUGAACUGAGGGAAGAUUAUAAUAGGCUUUUAUUGCAAGAGGAACUUUUUUGGUACCAGAAAUCUAGAGAGCAGUGGGUCAAGUAUGGGGAUAGAAACACUAAAUUCUUUCAUCUUCAGACUUUGGUGCGUAGAAACCAUAAUAGAGUACAUGGAUUAUAUGUUAGAGAUGGGUCUUGGUCUACUGAUCCAGAUAUUCUCCAGGAAGAAGCCCUCUCUUUUUACAAGAAUCUCUUUGGUACAACGGAAGAGGUUGAGGUUGAUUGUUUAGGGGAUGUUUCGAUGCCCACUCUAAGCACUGAGGCUUGUGCUAGGUUAAUUGACCCUGUCUCUUUUGCGGAAGUCAAGUCAGCAGUAUUCAGUAUGAGCCCUUUUAAGGCUCCUGGUCCAGAUGGCUUUCAAGCUUAUUUUUUUAAAGAAUAUUGGGAGAUAGUAGGCACUGAGAUUUGGAAUAUUGUCCGGAGCGCUUUUUGGGAGAGUUCUUAA